AUGGCGUUGUAUAUACAUGUCUUGGCGGGACUGAGUACUCCAGAAGUCCAUACAGCCUCAUCACGUGAGAUGAUCGCAGGUUGCUAUGAUAAGUCCCAGAACUUACUAUUCUCGCGUCCGGUAUUUUUGCCCAGAUAUUAUCAUUUCCGAGGUGAAUUCCACCAGCGCAGAGGAAUGAAGAUCGCUACGCUGCAGUUCGCUCCACGGCUGGGCGAUGUGGAAGGCAACAUUCGCAGAGCGAAUGAUUUGCUUAAACGAGGCAAAGAUGGUCUGAGUAUUGAAUCUAUGAGGCCGGAGAUUUUGGUUCUGCCGGAAUUGGCGUUUAGUGGUUACAACUUCCCAUCAUUGGAAGCCAUCAAGCCAUACUUGGAGUCCCAGUCCACCGGACCCACGGCAAAAUGGGCGCAAGAGACAGCCAAAAGGUUAAGAUGUAAAAUCUGCGUUGGGUACCCAGAGAUUGAGAAGGCCACAUCGUCGUCAUCGCCAGAGAAUGGGAACAGUAACCCAUUAUCAUCCGAUGACAAAUACUAUAACUCGCUGCUCGUCGUAGACGAGUACGGAACUAUAUUGCACAAUUACCGGAAGAGAUUCCUUUACUAUACCGACGAAACAUGGGCAAGCGAAGGUGACGCCGAGCGGAGUUUCUACACGUUCAACUUCGAUGGAAUUUCGCAACAACAGAACAAGAUCCAGACUACAUUCGGUAUCUGUAUGGAUAUCAACCCUUACAAGUUCGAAGCUCCGUUUACAGAUUGGGAAUUUGCAAAUCGCGUUAUCGAUUCGAAAUCGCCACUUGUUAUUCUAUCCAUGGCAUGGUUGACUCUCUUGGGUCACGAAGAGCUCGCAGCGCUACGUGACAAGCCUGAUAUGGAUACGUUCCAGUACUGGAUUCGAAGGUUCUGGCCUCUUCUGGAGAAAAAGAUGGAGCAUGAUGGGGAUGUUGAUGGUACGAGCGGAUUAACUAAGAAGGUGAUAAUUGUCUUCGCAAAUAGAGCCGGUGAGGAACCUGGUGCCGAAGGAAAGGAUCCAGCGCGGUAUGCUGGAUCUAGCGCUGUGGUUGCGGUGACGCAAAAGCCCAGGUCCUCGGCGGAGGGUGGCGCACCCGAGUUCGAUGUCAAAAUACUAUGCUGGGAUAUCAUGGGCGCCGCGGAGGAAGGACUGUGUUUUGCGGACACAAAGGCAGAUCCUAAAUUAGUCUUUGGUUUGGUUCCGCGUUCCGAUUCUGAUUCUGAUUAG